CAUGAAUUAUCCAGGCCAUUUAUAUUUUUCUUCUUUUUCUCAAGAGUGGAUUCUGAGCCCUGCAUUUCAGUCCAGAGUGCUGGAUGGCAAUGAGUGCACUAAUAGUGGCUUUUUAAGGUGAAACUUAUAGCAGAAAUGGCAGCUUGCUCACAGAACAUCACACUUGUGCCUGGGAUUGAGCUUUCUCCUCAGGAAGCCAACAGAUACAAGAACAUUUUUGCCGUCCAAGUUCCCAUGUGUGAAGUUUUUCGAGCCGUUCUAAAGUGGGAAUGCAGCGACAAGCAACUUGGUCAAACUUGUGCAGAUUAUUUUGGUCAAAAGAAGCAGCAAUAUGAAGACCGCCAUGCUGCCCUGGUGGCAGAGAAGAACAAUAAAUUUAAAUUACCAAAAAUUGGACUACCUACACGUACAAUUGAAAUGCUACAGGAAGAACCAUCAAAGUAUGACGUUACUCUUAUGUUUUCUUUUUUGUGUGAGAUAUUCAAAUCAAAAGUAUCAUACACACACAUUGGUCAUGUGAGAAGUCUCAGUCAACUAGAGUGCCUCUUGAAGGAGGCCAAAAACAUAAGAAAUGCUGUUAUGCAUGAAGUCGCUGACGGUGCUGUCAACCCCAUGAAGUUUGAUGAAAUUGUCAAAGCCAUGCAUGAUGUGAUAGAUGAAGCUAGCAACGUGUACAGCAUCCCUGCUGAUGAAGUAACGAGUUUCAAAAGCCAGAUAGAUGGGAUGUGGGAUGAAGUGCGCACAGAUAGUGAAAAAGCUAAGGCUUAUUGUCGCUUCUUCCUGCAAACUUAUGGAAACAAAGAAGCCAAAGUCAUGUGGGAAGCAAUGUUGUCUGAAGAAACUCUGCUCUUUGGCGAUGACAAUGUUGAAUGCUCAAAAGUUUUCCAUUCCCUGGAAUUGACACUACAGAAACCUAAAGAUCAACUCGAGUGCAAGAUCUCCUACACUGAACUGCUAACUGGCAACGAUAAGUUCAUUGUAGUCAUUGGCGACUCCGGGUCUGGAAAAUCCACUUUGGCCAAGAACUUGGUGAUACAGCACCAUAUUGAUGGCUAUGAUGAAUGUCAUAAAGACUCGUACAAGGUUGUGCAACAGAUGGUGAACAAAAUGAGGAACCAUGAGUGUCGUGUGAUCAUCACCACCAGGCCAAGUGCUGCUGACAGGCUCAAGGACUUUCUGAAGCGAGAAGGUGUGAAGUUCCAAGAGUAUGAGAUAGCAGAAAUUUGUGAUUUAGAUGACCAACUAAUAUUUCUGGAGAAGUAUGAAAAACAUGUCACUCCACAUGCUGAGAAAGUUGUGAAGAGCUUCAGUUCUCUUGGACCGAACAUUCAAGAACUUUUUAGCAUACAAGAACUGUUUGCUUCCAAGCCUGUCUCAAUGGAGCUCCGCAUGAAUAAUGCCUUGCCGCCCAUCUGGCCGUCACAAAAAUGUGAAAAUUUCGAGCCGCUAGAAGUGCUCACGUAUGUGUUCAUGGAGCUGAGUGCUGCCGAGGAGUCCACUGUCUUCUGGAAUAACUGGCCGCUCCUGCGAGAUGCUGUUGGAGGCGUUGCCAUGCAUCGCUGGAAACAAAUCUUGUUGAACUGUCGUGACUCGCAACAUAUUGCUGAAGCGAUUGCCGGAGUCUACUUGGCUCACAGCAACAAUUGGUGCACAGAUAGAGGUAGGGGUAGGUAG